AUGAGAAUCGUUCACACCAUGAUCCGGGUCAAGGACCUGGACGAAAGCCUCAAAUUCUACUGUGACGGAUUGGGGAUGGAUGUCUUGAAGAAGAAGGACUACGAGUCCGGCCGCUUCACCAACACCUUCGUGGGUUACGGCUCCGAGGAUGACACCGCCGUCAUCGAGUUGACCUACAACUGGGACACGCACGAGUACGACGUCGGCGACGGCUUCGGCCAUAUCGCCAUCGGCGUGCCGGACGUGUACGCCACCUGCGACGACCUGCGGAAGAAGGGGGUCAACAUCACUCGUGAUGCGGGUCCCAUGAAGCAUGGCGGCGGGGUCAUCGCGUUCGUCGAGGAUCCCAACGGCUACAAGAUCGAGCUCACCACUCGGGCCGAGUAG